GAGAAUCAGACACCAGAUCAAGAGACUCACAGCAAGUACACAACUCUCAAAGAGCACAAGAGACAAAGACAUGGAAAACGCAAUGGAUGCUCUUCAUGACUCAGGAGUCCAAAUAGUCCAAUACCUCCAGAUGAACUACAAGAGUUCCCAAGAUUGGUUCAUGUUCAUCUCAUUUGCUGCUGACCUAAGAAAUACCUUCUACAUCUUCUUCCCCAUCUGGUUCCAUCUCUGUGAGUCUGUGGGCAUCAAACUUAUCUGGGUUGCUGUAAUCGGGGACUGGCUCAACCUCGUCUUCAAGUGGAUUCUAUUUGGUCAGAGACCAUAUUGGUGGGUUCAUGACACAGAUUACUACAGCAACAUGUCUGCCCCCAUCAUUCAGCAGUUUCCUGUUACAUGCGAGACCGGUCCAGGAAGUCCAUCUGGCCACGCCAUGGGAUCAGCUGGGGUAUACUAUGUUAUGGUGUCCUCACUCCUCACAAUCCUCCUGAGCAAGAAGUCUCCACUCACUUUCAAGAACAGGUGCCUUCAGACUUUUCUGUGGACUGGGUUCUGGCUGGUCCAGGUGUGUGUGUGCCUUUCACGUGUCUUCCUUGCCGCUCACUUUCCCCAUCAAGUUGUAUGUGGAGUAAUAUCAGGAAUGGUGGUGGCAGAAUGCUUUGGUAAAGUGCAGACAAUCUACAAGGUCAGUCUGAAGAGAUAUGUGUAUACAACACUCUUCCUCUUCUCCUUUGCUCUGGGCUUCUACCUGAUUCUGAAAACAGUUGGCGUGGACCUCCUGUGGACCCUAGAGAAGGCCAAAAAGUGGUGUGCUCAACCUGAAUGGAUCCACAUUGAUACAUCCCCUUUCGCUGGACUCAUAAGGAACCUUGGCAUCUUCUUUGGCUUAGGUUUAGCCCUCAACUGCCAGAUGUACAAAGAAAGCUGCCAGACAAAGUUUUCCAACCAGUUCACAUUUCGCAUCUGCUGCAUAGCAACAUCUUUGUUUGUUCUCCAUGUUUUUGACAGCUUCAAGCCACCAGCCAAAGUUGAAAUGGUCUUCUACGUCCUCUCAUUCUGCAAAAGUGCUGCAGUUCCCCUGGCCUGUGUAGGAAUUGUUCCAUACUGCGUUUCCCAUAUCACCAAUAAGAAAGAGAAGAUUCUAUGAGCUGUAGAUGGGUGUGGACAUUCAUACCAAGGACAAUUCCGCAAAAGGAUUGAAAUCUGCAGUAAAUUAUUCUUUACAGAGGCUACAGAUAAAUGUUAUUUUGCCAGUGAUUAAUUAUUAAUCACUGUUUCUUAGAAACUGUAUACCAAUUAAGAUGGUCACUUCAAAGAAUGGUCAAAACAAGCAAAGGAAAAUGUAACACUUUAAUGAUUGCCUUAAGCUGGGUACACACUUUUACACUCACUUGGCUGAUAAGGUUUCAAGCUCCCGAUCAGCCGAGCGGUGUGUACCCAGUGUGACCCCAUGAGGCUGUGGCAGCAGUGAGGUGAGCAGCUCCUCUAUGGGAUUGGGACAAAUAUUAAACUGCACAUAAGAUGCGAUCUCCUGAUAUCGACCAUUACAGCAGCAUUGUAAGCUGUUUAUCAGUUAUCGCUCCAGCAAUGGUACUGCAAACACACCUAUACAAUCAUCUGCCUAUUCAGCCGAAAUAGGUUGGUCGAGCCAUAGAUUGUAUGGAUGUGUACCCAGCUUUAGUAAGACCUAAGUCCAAUUUGGGCUGGGAAUCAUAGCUGAUUAGUGAAAAUGUCUAAUAAAUGUGUGGAAUUUGCCAUA